AUGUAUUUGUAUGAGAAGCUACAAGUUCUUGCAAAUGAAAAACCAGAUUCAUGCACAACACAAAAUACUGUACAAGAUGCUCUCACUAUCAUAUUUGGUCCUGACAAGAAUGGUAGAUCAUUAGCUAAUGGGAGGGGAGUAACUAAUACAAAGUUAGCUAUUCUAAGAGCAAGAGAUGACCAUAUUUCACAAUUGGAAUCAAGUCAAUGUGAGAUGAAGAAUAAAAUGUCUGAGAUGAUGAAUCUUAUUAAUACUAUUGCAAAAAGUGUAAACAUUCAGGGGUUUACUCAACCAAGUGAAGCGGAGUCACACAUGCCUUCUCCUAUGAGUGUUAAUAAUCUGAAGUUCACUCCUGAAAACAAUGCUUGCAAUUUACUUGAUUGGAAUGGAAGUGGAGAAAUUGUUGCAGAAGGUCGAUGGUCUUCUAGUGAUCCUUUAUGUGAGGUGCAUCAUCUUCGUCUUGGGCCUAAUGCAAUGAGAGUUUGGGUUGAUGUUGCUAAGAAACCUACUGCAUAUUUAUGGAGACCAACAUCACAUAUGAGUACAAUUGAAGAAGCGGUUGGUUGCACUGUUGCUUGGCCUUCUAAUAAAGUUACAAUGAGAUAUCUUUGGUGCACAACUAAUGAAUGA